AUGGGCGACUGGAAUUUCCUUGGAGGGAUUUUGGAGGAAGUUCAUAUCCACUCCACCAUUGUUGGGAAAAUAUGGCUGACAAUCCUUUUCAUAUUCCGCAUGCUUGUGCUUGGAGUGGCUGCUGAAGACGUAUGGAAUGAUGAGCAGUCAGAGUUCAUCUGCAACACUGAGCAGCCUGGCUGCAGAAACGUCUGUUACGACAAGGCCUUUCCAAUCUCUCUCAUACGUUACUGGGUUUUGCAGGUCAUCUUCGUGUCUUCGCCAUCCCUAGUGUACAUGGGCCAUGCCCUAUACAGGCUCAGGGCACUGGAGAAAGAAAGGCAGAAGAAGAAAGUAGAGCUGAAGGGUGAACUGGAAGAGACCGAGACCAUGCUGGAAGACAGGCGUAGGUUGGAGCGAGAGUUAAGGCAGUUGGAGCGUAGAAAAUUAAACAAAGCCCCGCUUAGGGGCUCUCUGCUGCGCACUUACGUCUUGCACAUUCUCACCAGGUCUGUGGUGGAGGUUGGAUUUAUGAUGGGUCAGUUUUUGCUCUAUGGACUUGAGCUGGACCCUCUGUACAAGUGCAAACGGCUGCCCUGCCCUAACAUUGUGGACUGCUUUGUGUCCAGACCCACCGAGAAGUCCGUCUUCAUGCUCUUCAUGUUGUGCAUCUCAGCAGUUUCCCUCUUUCUAAACAUCCUGGAGAUCAUUCAUCUGGGCUGCAAGAAGACGGGCUUGGGGCUUUUUGGAUAUUAUCCCAAACUGAAAGAGGAGGUGGGUGAUAUCUUCAUCCCCAAGUCACAGAAAAACUCGAGUGCUCAGCGAAUCUCUGUCUCGGCCGUGGAACACACACACACCGCGGUCCCCAGUGCUCCAGUGAGUUACAGCUUGUUGCUGGAGAAACCAGCGGAAGCUACAAUGUAUCCGAUAUUUACACCCCCCGAGUUCAAACCCAUCCUGAAUGAUCAGAAACAAAGUUACAAAGAAGCGCAACAUCAGCCUCAAAAUAAUGCAGACUCGAGCACAGCGUUAAACUGCACAGAAGGACCCAAAAAGUCCAGCGGAUCAGAAGUUCCCAGCCAAAAGGGCGAGGAAUGCAACGAGCCCUCAAACGCCGCUUGCCUGCCCGCCCCGAGCCCGCACUCAGCCAGCCAGAGCGAGCUGUCCACCGCCGGGACCUUACACCCGGCUCUCCACGGCGCCCCGUUCCCCGCCGCCAGCGCCGGCCGCCGGCUCCGCCGGGUCAGCGCCACCUUGGGCUGCGCCGCCGACUCUGAGGCCGCUCACAGGGCGAGGGGCGGCUUCGGCGUGAGCAGGUCCCGGACAGCUUCGAAAGGCGACCUCAAAAGGCCCAGCAGACCCGACACUCCCGAGUCAAUCUGUGAGUCGAGCUCCGAGUCGAAGCACAGCGGAGACGGCGGCAGUCCGCAGCAGGCCCUCUCUCCCUCCCGGAGAAUGUCAUUGGCAAGUAACGGCAGCUGCAGGCGUGCUCCCACCGACCUCCAGAUAUGAGCAUCACUGUACUUCAGCUUUUAACCGUUAUGAAAAAACAGAGUCAGUAACCAAAGGCUUUAGAAACUACUGAAAAUUUUAUACUUGAACUGGAAAGAUUAUCACAUUCUCUCCAACCCACUGGGAACACUGCAGGCCCUGUACUUAAAAUGCUGAGAAUAGACAGAUCUU